UGGCAUUUGGAAAUAAUAACUGGUCAACCGUAGGCAAACAACAUGUCUUCCGACGAGAAAGAUCUUACACGUGUUGGACAUUCAAAGUUUGUUUGUUCGACUCCAGGGUGCGAUAAAACCUUUGGAAGAAGAUCAAGGUUUUUGGUACAUUUAAGGACACAUACUGGCGAGAAGCCGUUUAUAUGUGAAGAACCCGGAUGUGACAAAGCCUACGCAAGAGCUCAACAUCUGAAACGUCAUGAACAACUUUCGCAUUCUCCUAAAAAACCACCAGUUACUGUUCAACAGUUUGUAUGUUCUCUGUCUGAUUGUGAUAAUAAACCGUUUUCUAACGAGUGUAACUUGAAGAGGCAUAUUAAAACUGUUCAUGGUAAACAAUUUAAGUAUAGAUGUACUGUGGAUGGAUGUAAGAAAAAAUUUGCUAAAGAACAUCAACUAACACGCCAUGAAUUACAACAUAAAAACACCAACCCUUAUCUAUGUACGUUUGAAGGCUGUGAUUAUUCAUGUAAAAUAGCUCAUCAGUUAAAACGUCACUCGAAAAUACACGAAGGUUAUAAAUGUACAGAAGAGGGAUGUGAUGUAACUGUAGAAACAUGGACUCAGCUUCGUAAACAUAAAUUAAUAUGCCAUCCUAGAGUAUAUGAGUGUCCACAAUGUAAUAAAUGUUAUAAGAAGAAGAUUCAGUUAAAACGUCACAGUUUUAUUCACAGUUCUGAGCAACCGUUAUACUCGUGUGAUCGCGACGGUUGUGAACGAGUUUAUCUAGAUCUACGCAAUUUAAAAGCCCACAUUAGAUCGUAUCACGAUCAACAGAGACUGACGUGUCAUCAUGAUGGGUGUAGUCAGACGUUCGUUAAUAAGGCAAAACUAUUACAUCACUCGAAGCUACAUGAUCCUAAUAGACCCCCUCCAAAGAAAAUGCCAAAGAAAGGUCACCGCAAAAAGAACAUAGUACAGAGAUUAACAGAAGCAGUUGCCGGUAGCGAUGGUUCCACUUCCACCUCCACUAAACCAAUCACACACCUUGCAUCUACAACUAAAGUUCCAAUAAAAAUCAAUGCUAGGUCUGAAAGCGAAUCGGUUCAAGGACAAGAUAAUUUCCCGAGUGAUCUGCCCAGGGACACCAGUGAAACGAAUAAUGAAGAAAAAUCACAAAGUUUAAAUGAUUCGGGUGUAGGUUUAUACGAAGGUGAAUGUAGUUCAGAAACAAAUUUAAAAAUAUCUGAUGACAAGUGUUCUCCAAAUGCUGAUUUACAAUUAUUACUCAAUAAAUACGAAGAUUUAACAAAACAACAUCUGUCAUCAUCUCAUAACCUAAAAACAUUUAAAUCGUGCAAUAACAAUAACAACAAUUUAGAGAAAAAUGUUUUUCAAGAUUCAACAACAACAACAAUAUCUGAAUUGGGAGCAAACUGUGAUGAUGUGAAAAACGUUGAAGACAUUGAGUUUGAUGAAUUAGCACCGGCUGAAACAGUUGAUGUCUGGUUGGAAUGUCUGGCACAGAAUGUUAUAAAGUCUGAGGAAUCGAUUUGUAAAAACACAGCGUCGAAUGAUAAAAAUGUUGAAAUUUGUGAAACAGGGGAUGAUGACUUUGAAAUCUGAAAAUAAAUUAUGUAUUAUAUGA